CCCACCCAUCUUCCCACUACACCCACCCACCCCCCCUGUAAACCCCACGCCGCCGCUUCCACACAUUGUCCGUCCCGCCCCACGCACGGCGCUUUGAUGAAUGAGCCCGCGGGAGCGACGUGAAGCCAACCCGGCGCUCACUGCUGCUGACUCGUUUGAGUCUCGCAGCAGCAGCGGCGGCGGCGGCAGUGGUGGCUGCAGCCAGAGAAGACGCACUGAACUGAAGAGCCUCGUGUUGUUUCACCAUUAUUAACUGGCGAUUGGCUUUUGGUUAAGCGAAGAGGACUUCUUUACGGGUGGCAAACAGGAGAUUUUGGUCGCGCACAAAGGUGUAAACAUCCACCUUGUCUUCGCCGGCUAGCAGCCGGCACCUGCAUUGUCACAACAUCAUCUUCACCACCGUCAGCACAAACCACGAAGCCAUCUAAGCAGGAGCAAGUGAUGAUGACCAGGGGUGGUGGAGACGGCAUGGGUCCCCGCCGGCAGCAGAGCUCCAAGCUGCUGGCUCUGCUCAUCUUCCUGCUCGCAAGGGACUUCGCUGCUGCUCAAGAGAGUGCAGGCAGCGGUGCGGCAGCUGCUUUCUCUCGGCCCUCGGCUCUCGCGGAGCCCCUGCCCCACUUCCUCCAGGAGCCGGAGGACGCCUACAUCGUGCGCAACAAACCGGUCACCAUGAGCUGUGCCGCCUCGCCCGCCACCCAGAUCUACUUCAAGUGCAACGGGGAGUGGCUCCACCAGAAGGCCCAUCACAUUGAGGAGAGGGUGGAUGAGACAACAGGGCGGUCAGUACGGGAGGUUCAGACAGACGUGUCCCGGCAGCAGGUGGAGGAGCUGUUUGGGCUGGAGGACUACUGGUGUCAGUGCGUCGCCUGGAGCGCAGCCGGCACCAGCAAGAGCCGCAAGGCUUACGUCCGCAUAGCAUAUUUGCGGAAGAAUUUUGAGCAAGAGCCACUGGGCAAAGAUGUUCUUCUUGACCAUGAAGUUCUGCUGCAUUGUCGCCCUCCUGAUGCCAUUCCCCAAGCCGAGGUGGAGUGGCUGAAAAAUGAAGAAAUUAUUGACCCAGUCAUAGAUCAAAACUUCUACAUCACGGUAGAUCACAACCUGAUCAUUAAGCAGACUCGGCUGUCAGACAGCGCUAACUACACGUGCGUUGCCAAGAAUCUGGUGGCUAAGCGGCGGAGCUCUACUGCCACGAUCACCGUGUAUGUGAAUGGGGGGUGGUCCCAGUGGACGGAGUGGUCGCCCUGUAACAGCAAGUGUGGCCGUGGCACCCAGAAGAGAACCAGGAGCUGCAGUAACCCGACGCCUCUCAACGGAGGGGCUGUGUGCGAUGGUCAGGGUGUGGAGAAGAUGCCAUGCAGCUCCCUGUGCCCAGUGGAUGGCGGCUGGGUGGAGUGGAGCAAGUGGUCGACCUGUGGUCCCGACUGCACCCACUGGAGGAGCCGGGAGUGCUCCAACCCGGCCCCUGUCAACGGAGGCAAGGAUUGCCACGGCUCUCCACUGCAGUCCCAGAACUGCUCCGACGCUCUCUGCCUACAGAAUGCAAAAUACCGUGAUGAGUUGUUUUAUUCGUCGGAGGCUCGAGGGGAUGAGGUGGCAUUGUACGCCGGCGUGGCAGCUGUGGUCGUUAUCACAGUCGGCAUCGUCUUGGCCGCAGCCAUCCUCUUGUACAAACGACGCCAGCAAGAGUACGGCUCUGACAUCAUUGAAUCAGCCUCAGCCCUGACUGGUGGAUUUCGUCCUGUCAACCAGAAGGCUGCCGACAACUCGUACCUUCUGCGCACGGCCAUUCAGCCCGACCUCACGGUCACCGCCGGCUCGUUCCAGCAGCCCGCCUUCCCCGCACACGACGCGGCACAGAAGAUCCCCAUGACCCAGUCGCCGCUGCUUGAUGCGCUGCCAAGCUUCAAGAUCAACGUGUGUGGCUCCUCCGGCCUGCCGCCUGCCGACGCGCAGGGGGGCAGCGGCCGCUCUGUCGCCGCGUCACCCAGGCGCCCCGCCCCAGACGGCAACGUCGGCUACGGAGCGCCAGGGCCCUCUCCGAGACGUGGCCCGCAGAGGCCCCGGCUGGAUGCGGACCAGUCCAGCCUGAGGAGCGAGCAGGGCGUGGGGACGCUGCAGCACGGUGGCGGCGGCGCAGCAUCUGGGGAUGCUGGUGGUGCCAGUGUCUAUGGGACAUUUGGCUGCAUGGGGGGCCGUCUUGUGAUACCAAACUCCGGGCUGAGCUUGCUUGUGCCGCCUGGUGCAAUCCCUUCUGGACAGUUCUACCAGAUGUAUCUCACUGUUCACAGGGACGAAGAUAAAAGGCCAGUGCUGGAGGGCAGCCAGACCCUGCUGAGCCCCGUGGUGUCAUGCGGGCCCCCCAGCAUCCCGCUCCUCUCCCCCGUCAUCCUCUCCCUCCGCCACUGCGCCGAACUAAACUCUGAAGACUGGGCCCUCGGCCUCAAACGGCAGCUCGACUCCGGGCACUGGGAGGAGGUGCUGAGGCUGGGCGAGGAGCCUGCACGGCCGCCGUGCUGCCACUGGCAGCUGGAGGAGCGGGUGUGCCACGUGCUCACAGAGACACCGGGCACAUACGCCGUGCUGGGGGAGGCGCUCGGCCCGGCGGCCGUCAAGCGGCUGAGGCUGGCGGCGUUCGCGCCCAGCGUGUGCCCCUCCCUGGAGUACAGCCUGCGCCUCUACUGCCUCAACGAUGACACCGAGUCCCUCGCGGAGGUCGUGGAGCUGGAGAAGCAGCUGGGAGGCCGUCUGCUGGAGGAACCCACGACCCUGAACUUCAAAGCCAACUCAGGCAACCUGCGACUCUCGAUCCACACCAUCCCAGACGUCCUCUGGACUAACAAGCUGCUCAACACGUUCCAGGAGAUCCCCUUCUGGCACGUGUGGCCGGGCUGCCAGCGGCUGCUGCAUUGCACCUUCACCCUGGAGAGGGCCGGCCUGAGCAGCACCGAGUUCUCCUGCAAGCUCUGUGUGCAGCAGCUGGAGGGCGAGGGCCAGGUGCUGCAGCUGCGCACCACCCUGCUCAACGCUCCGAGUGCCACUGAUGAUUCCCCCACGGAGGCUGCCUCUGCUGGCUCGGCCCUCGUGGGUCCCCAGGCUUUCAAGCUGCCCUACUCCAUCCGCCAGAAGCUGUGCAGCAGCCUGGACUCCCCCAACCCCCGUGGCAACGACUGGAGGCUCCUGGCGCACAGGCUGGGCAUCAACAGUGCUAGCAUGGAGUAUUUCGAGACGAGAGGGAGCCCCACGGGUGUGGUGCUGGACCUGUGGGAGGCCCAGCACGAGGAGGAUGGGGAUCUGGACUCGCUGGCCAGCGUGCUGGAGGAGAUGGGCCGCAAGGAGGCCCCACACCCUGCCCUGGCCCACGCCUGAGCUCAAGAAUGGGCGUGAUAGCAUCCAUAAGGACACUAAUGGACAGACCAACACCCAAUCCCAGUGGGAUGGCUCUUAAGGUCCAUGCCGUUAUGCAGCGCAGCCGAGAGAAAGAAGUUGCCAAGAAAUUCAAGAUGACUGUGAGCAGUGCAAGAUGACAGUGUCUCCAAUUGUACUAUAUAAAAAAAAAUGUCGGGUUAAAGCCCAAGUGUAACAAAGAAAAUCCAACGGACCGAAAGCGAACAUCGCCAUUGCUACAUUGUCCAUUUUAUAACACAAACAAAAGAUUCCAACAUAUGUAUUGUUACUGCUUUUUAUCCUUUUCCGUUAGUACACGAGUACAUGUUUACAUAUGUUGGCAAGAGACACAAACUCACACCUGUCAUAACACUCACUGUAUUUAAUUUAAGUAGGUACACUUUGAUUAAAAUGUACAAAGCAAGACUUUAAUAAAUUACGCAUUCUCUAUAUUUGGUUAGGGGUUUCUUAUUGGUAUUUGUAUUUACUGUUAUUUAGUUGAUGUACAAUUGUUACAUGUAUGUGUUGCUCAUUCCUUGGAUUUUUUUUAUAUUUAGAAAUUGUAUUGGAUAUUUAUUUCUAUAGUAUACUGUAUCUUUACCAAAAAAAAUUUGUAUUUCAUAUUUUAUAAGGUCUUUGCUCUGCUUGGAAAGCAAGUGUGCAUCUUUUGAGUGUGUGUCCACUGUAAAGCCUUAAUUUUCUUAGCUGAUGUGAGAUCAAAUGCGUAAUCUAGUAAACUAUGCAACCGCUGUCAAUACUGCAUUAAUUGGUUCCAAUUAAAUGUACUCUUGCCUAUUAUAUGUUUGAGUAGGUGUAAUUUUACUGUAUAAUCUGGCACUCUAAUUGUAAUAUGAAAGCGUUUUUACGGAAUAAAUUAUAUUUCCAUUAAA